GAAAACAAACACGCGCACUUCCCUUUCCUUCCUCCUAACGUCCGCCCACACACCUCCCCCUCUGCCCGCCUCGCCAUCGCCCAACCGCCGACGAGAUCGCCCGCCACAAAUCCCCUAGAUCCACCGCGGGCCAGCGAGCCGGUGAACCUAGUUUUGAUGCGAUUGCGCUAAGCUCGCGCUCCUGUCCCGCCCGCGCGCCAUGGCGCACAGCGACCUCGAGCCGCUGCGCUCUGGCGCCGCCGCGCUGCCGUCCUCCUCCGACCCUGACUCGCCAUCGACCCCGCGAAGGAACCGCGUGCGCGAGCUGCUGCGGAACCUGGACCGCCGGCUCUCGAGCAGGGGGCGACAUAACCACGUCGACAGCGGCCCGGCGUCCCCCACGGCGGCGGGGGAGGCGGGGGCGCCCAGGAGGGAGGAGAGUGACGAGCUCGGCGACGGCGCGCCGCCCGAGUGGGCGCUGCUGCUCGUCGGGUGCCUCCUCGGGCUUGCCACCGGCAUCUGCGUCGCCGCGUUUAACCGCGGGGUGCAUGUCAUACAUGAAUGGGCAUGGGCAGGCACACCCACCGAGGGUGCUGCUUGGCUUCGCCUGCAGAGGCUUGCUGAUACUUGGCAUAGGAUAUUGUUAAUUCCAGUGACUGGUGGAGUUGUUGUUGGUAUGAUGCAUGGGUUGCUGGAGAUAUUUGAGCAGAUAAAGCUAUCUAUGUCAUCUCAAAGGGAAGGUAUCGAUUUCAUGAGUGCGAUUUUUCCUGCAAUCAAGGCCAUCCAAGCUGCAAUUACUUUAGGGACGGGAUGUUCGUUGGGUCCUGAAGGGCCUAGUGUUGAUAUUGGUAAAUCUUGUGCAAUUGGGUGCGCUGAAAUGAUGGAGAACAACAGGGAACGAAGGAUUGCUCUUAUCGCAGCCGGAUCAGCUGCUGGAAUUGCUUCAGGUUUUAAUGCUGCAGUUGCUGGAUGUUUUUUUGCUAUCGAAACAGUACUGAGGCCACUCCGAGCAGAGAACUCACCACCGUUUACAACUGCUAUGAUUAUCUUGGCAUCAGUUAUAUCAUCAACCGUGUCCAAUGUUUUGUUAGGGGAGAAGGCAGCUUUUAUUGUCCCGACGUAUGAACUAAAAUCUGCCGCUGAGCUUCCACUCUAUCUUAUUCUAGGCAUGCUUUGCGGUGUAGUAAGUGUGGUAUUCAGGCAACUGGUUGUUUGGUUCACAAAGACUUUUGACUUGAUAAGGAAAAAAUUUGGUCUCCCUGCUGUAGUAUGUCCAGCUUUAGGUGGUCUUGGAGCAGGUUUAAUAGCUCUAAGAUACCCUGGAAUACUGUAUUGGGGUUUCACCAACGUUGAUGAAAUUCUACAUACGGGAAAAAGUGCUUCAGCUCCCGGGAUUUGGCUGUUAGCUCAGUUGGCUGCUGCAAAAGUUGUUGCGACCGCACUUUGCAAAGGUUCUGGCCUUGUUGGUGGCCUAUAUGCCCCAAGCUUGAUGAUCGGUGCUGCUGUUGGUGCUGUUUUUGGAGGCUCAGCGGCAGAAUUAAUUAACUCUGCCAUCCCGGGUAACACUGCUGUUGCACACCCUCAAGCUUAUGCACUUGUGGGAAUGGCUGCUACCCUAGCCUCAGUUUGUUCAGUUCCAUUGACAUCUGUACUGCUACUCUUUGAACUGACAAAAGAUUACAGAAUUCUACUACCUCUGAUGGGAGCUGUUGGUUUAGCAAUAUGGGUCCCAUCGGUUGUAAGUAACUCCAGCAACAAAGAGAUGUUUGAGGCUACGUCUCCUCGGCAUGGUUAUUCUUCGCUAUUACCUCCUGCCGAUAGAAGUGAGACAGAUGGGAGACGCCCAGAUGGAGAUGAUGUUGAACUAGCAAUUCUAGAAGAUGAUCUAUAUCACUAUGGCAGUAACAGUGAGGAGAUGCUUCUCGAUGAGUUGAAGGUAUCACGAGCAAUGUCAAAGCAUUUCAUUAAGGUUACAUCUGCAGCCACUAUCAAGGAGGCAACACUGCUUAUGCACGAUAAGCAGCAAGGUUGUGUUCUUGUUGUAGACAAUGAAGAUUUUCUUGAAGGGAUUGUUACGGUUGGUGACAUUCGUCGUAGAGGAUUUGAAUCAAGUGAAGAUGCUAACAGUACUGGGGAAAAUUCAUCUGUUCUGGAUGUGAAUUCUGCUCUUGUUACAUCGUGCCUUACACGAGGGUUUCAGUACCAUGGCAGUGAAAGAGGGCUGGUGACCUGCUUUCCCGACACAGAUCUGAGCACCGCUAAGGUGCUCAUGGAAGUCAAAGGUAUCAAGCAACUUCCGGUGGUCAAAAGGGGGGCUGGUCGCAGGAAUGAUGGGAGGCGUAAAGUUCUCGGGCUUCUUCAUUACGAGUCAAUAGGACGAUGCUUAAGGGAGGAGCUGGAGCGAUGGAAGGCGAUCUACAGAGAGAAUUUCCAGCAGCCAGCAGUUAGUUGGCAGUGAGCAUGGAGGCACUGAACAUGCAGAGCUGAAGUUUUGGUUGUAAUUUUUAGUGAAGAAAAUACCAGAUACAUAAAGCGACGUUUGAACAAACUAGGGAGUUAGGGUUAACUUAAACACCUCAGUUAAAAGAGUCUUCACCAAAUGUAAAGUGUUUUGGAGCUUGCAGAUUUCGUAUGGAUUACAGAUUAUAAGAGGUGAUGGUGUGGUUUUCAGCUUUGAUGUUUCUGGGUUCUGACAUGGUAACAUACCGGGAACAUAUUGCUUGGCCUUUUGCAACCCAAUUCAAAACAAAUGUAAGUCUGUUAUUGUGGAAA